GAGUGGCGCUCAUUGCUGCGAUUGAUUGUGAGUGAGGGAGUGUUUGCGAGUGAGUGAGUCUUGUGCUCCGCUCCACGCUUGCUUACUUGCUUGAAGCCACCAUCGCUGUAGCUUCUUCUUCUUCUUCUUCUUCUUCUUCAACUUCACAUUUAUUUACUUAUUUAGUUAUUGUAGCCAUGGCUGCGAGCCUUGUGUCGUCCGUGGUGGCUGCGGGAAGCGUCACCAGCUCCUCCGCCCCUGUUGUUGCUGCUGCCAGGAGUAGCGCUUCCUGCACUGCGCUGUUGUCCCCCUAUGGCGCUUCUUUCAAGACUGGCGUCGCAGUUCCGGCGGUCGCUCGCAGCGCUGGUUACCGAACGGUGUCAAAGCGGUCUUUGACAAUUGUUGCUGCGAAGGCAACUAAGGAGCCUGAGACGACGGUCAACUCGACUGUGAAUGACUCGUCCGCUGCGAUUGAAGAUGCCCUCAAGAGUGUUCAAGAAGCAUGGGAGAAGACGGAUGACAAAGUCGCCAUUGCAGGUUUAGGAUUGGCGGGUCUUGUUGCUAUCUGGGCUGCUGCCGGUCUUAUUAACGCCAUUGACAAGCUGCCUCUCAUCCCCGACGUUUUUGAACUCGUUGGAAUUGUGUUCUCUGGGUGGUUUGUGUAUCGUUACUUGCUCUUCAAGCCUGACAGGGAAGAGCUGUUGAAGAUCAUUGACGAGACUAAGUCUAAGAUAACUGGUCAGUGAGUCUGAGCAGUGUUGUAUCAGUACAUUUUUCUCCCUGAAAUGGAAAUGGGUGGCAGUUUCACCUGAUAAUCUACCUGCAUAGAUGUUGCGAAUCUGGUACCGAUAAUGUGGUGUUUUAGGUCGAAACCACUUACUUUUUUUUCUUUUCUCUACUGCAGUCAUUACCGUAAGUUGAGGAACUAAGGGGUUGAAGGUUAAGUGCAUUUUUAAUGUUUAACUGGUGGUUUUGUUUGGCACUUAAGUCCUUUGAUCAUUUUACGCGCAACGUGCCUCUUUCAUGCAUGGGGUAUGGCACAUGUGAACAGAUAAGCAGUUUAAUAAUGUUCAGUAGCUCUUGUAGAAUGUUGUAUACCUGGUUAUAAAUUUGCUACCCAUCAUUUCGCAGCUU